UUGACUUUGUUGGUACAAACGACCCGCUCACGCCCGCCCUUACACGAUCGAGGUACUUUAAUAAGCUGAAUCAUGAACGCCGCCAUCGACCCAACAACAAAAUCUCUUUUGUUGUUACUUCCCCCCUUGGGCUUAAUUGGAAAUUUAAGUUAUUCUAAAAAUAAAAAACACGAAACGAUCUAAAUCAACUGGGCAGGAAGCAGACAUGUCGGUGGCGGCGCUGACGAUCAACUCUGGUAGAGAAAGAGUGGUUGACUUUAGCAAACCGUUCAUGGACCUUGGCAUCAGCAUCAUGAUCAAGAAACCGGUCAAAAAGUUCCCAGGAGUCUUCAGCUUCAUGGACCCGCUCUCCAAGGAAGUCUGGAUGUGCAUGACGUUUGCUUACCUAGGCGUCUCCAUCGUCCUGUUUGUCGUCAGUCGUUUCGGCGGAGCCGAAUGGAAAAUUGAAGACUCUCACGUGGCUUUCGUGCCUGUCGUCGAGACGGCCGGCUCAGCUAACGAUAUCGACGGCCAGUCGACGGACAACUCCUCUCAGAUGUUGACCAAUCAUUUCUCGGUUAAGAAUUCGCUGUGGUUCGCGCUGGGCGCAUUCAUGCAACAAGGCAGCGACAUCUCUCCUAGAUCAAUAUCUGGCCGAAUGGUUGGCGCCGUCUGGUGGUUCUUCACGCUCAUUCUCAUCUCUUCGUACACGGCCAACUUGGCCGCCUUUUUGACAGUUGAACGAAUGGUGACGCCCAUCAACUCGGCCGAAGAUUUGGCCCGUCAGACGCAAGUAGAGUACGGAACCAUCAGCUCCGGCACGACGCUCGAUUUCUUCAAAAAUUCAAAGUUCGCCGUCUACAGUCGCAUGUGGGAGUUUAUGAAUUCGAGGAAACACGUUUUUGUGCGCACCUACGACGAAGGUAUCCGCAGAGUGCGCCAAUCAAAAGGCAAAUACGCUCUACUUAUUGAGAGCCCCAAGAACGACUACGUUAAUGAGCGCUACCCUUGUGACACUAUGAAAGUGGGGCGUAAUUUGGAUACCAAGGGUUUCGGAGUAGCUACGCCUCUCGGUUCUCCAUUGAGGGAGCAAUUGAACUUGGCCGUUCUCUCGCUUAAAGAGAGCGACGAUUUGGCUCGAUUGACUAAUAAAUGGUGGUACGAUCGAGGCGAAUGUGCUAACGCGGAUAAACAGGAAACGACCCAGAACGAGCUCUCGUUGAGUAAUGUGGCUGGUAUCUUCUAUAUUCUGAUUGGAGGGCUCGUUCUCGCACUGGCAGUCGCUUUCUUUGAAUUCCUUUACUGGUCUCGGGUCGACGCCAAAAAGAACAAGAUUUCGUUAACCGAAGCCAUGAAAGCAAAAGCUCGAAUAUCUAUAACCGGUGAAUUUAGUCAUCUACAUCAUAACUCGACAGUGUCGUGAACCGGUGAGGCUGUUCCGAAUGACGAGAUGCACGAACGAUCGAUGCACAUCAGGGUAAAUUGUAAUGAUCUCCGCUUUCACAACUCUAACACCGUCUCUUCAAUUUAGAGAAAAAAGCAUUUUUCAUUGAUUCCAGAGAAAAAAAAAAUCAGUUUCAUACUUCAUUAUGUCGACAGCGCAGUAAAUAUUGUUAAAUUGUAAAGUGUUGAUAAGCUAUCCAUCCAUGAAAAUCGCUUAUAAAAAGUGACACAUAAGCUGCUAAAUGAAAUCCCCCGCGUAUUCGAUUCUUGUGUAAUAUAAUUAUUUGAUGUUUUGUGUCAUAAUAAAGUGACAGUUCCGCACUUUGUGGAUCUUGCUUACA